AUGGUGGUAAACAAGAAAACGCAAGUCGCGCCUCCGAUGGCAUCGCGCACCAACUCAUCACAACCUCUCCCGCGUAAAAAAGCACCUGCGUCUCCACCUACGCCUCCACCGCCCGUCGAGCCGAAUUCAAAGAAGAAAGAACGAAAAGCUAGAGCCAAGUCGAAGAAAGGAUCACUGCUGUCAUGGACUGACGGGGUGCUGUUGGUGUUGUUGAUGGUGUUUGUGGGGUAUGCGCUGAGGGUGUGUCCGAGUGAUUAUGGCCUCCAAGACCCGGUGUGUUGGGGGCUGGCUCGGUACCGGGCGAAUGUGGUGGAUGUGUACUUGGUAGGGCCUGUUAAGCGUGUUGCAGGGCAUCCGAGUGUGCGGCCCGUGGUGACGAGGGUGGAGCCUGUGGUGGAGAAGGGCGGGGAGGCGGUGCGGAGGGCGGUGCGGGAGGCGGGCGGGUUUGUGGAGCCGAGGUAUGAGGCGUACGUGAAACCGUACGUGGAUCGGGGUGUGUCGUACCUGCAGAGGGCGUACGCUGGGAUGUCGCCAUACCUGCAGAGGGCGUACGUGUUUGGCCGACCGCGGGUUGUUGGGGCGUAUGGGGUCUGUGCGCGGAAGCUGGGCGAGCUGAGGAAGCGGUUUGUCGAUCCCCAUGUGGGCGUGCUCUGGACAAAGGUGGUCGAAUUGAGUCGAGGGGGACCGCUGCCGAGUGAGACACCGACAUUCGAGUCAACGACGCCUGAGCCAACACCGACGCUGCCAUCUGCAGAGCCAACACCUAUUGAAGAGCCAGUAUCCAUGACAACCACGGAACAGCCGACGUCUUCGUCCGAGCCAGUGCCGUCGCCUGACCCAAUUGAAGAUCCAGUUACGGCAUCGUCGUCCGAAACAGUGUCGCCAGCACCAUCCAAAGAACCAGUUGUUCUCGAAGAGCCGACCCCUGACCCGCCAGUGCCCACUCCCGACGAGUCUGACGACUUUCUAGCAGACCUCGACAUCGACUUUGAUGCCGUCACCACAUCCGUCCCUAGCACCACCACCACCACCUCCUCCGUCACACCUCCUACAGAAACCUCCAGAGACCACGCUGCCGUCGCCUCAAAACGCGCCAACAUAACUGCCCGUCACGCCUCUUGGGCAUCCCAACUCGAUGCCCUCGCUGCCUCCCGCGCCGCCACAGUACGCAAAAACCUGUCACGUAUCCGUAGUCGAGCAGCUGCCGUCCUCUUUGGACAGGCCACCGAAGACGACGACACAGACUUUGUAGACGGCGUGCAUGUCAGCAAGCUCCUCGAUGUCUUUCUCGACCAAGCAGAGAAGCUCGUGGGCGGCCUAGAGCGCUGGUGGAAGAAGGAGUCCAAAGACGCGGACAAUCAAGAGAGGGCUGGAAAGGUUGUUGCACGCGUCGAAGAAAAGCUCGACGCUCUCGUCCGCGAGAUGGGUCAGCGUGUCGAGAACUGGGCUGCCCGUGUGAGGGAGGACGAGGUCAGAGAGUGCGUCGUCGCCAGUCGCGAGGUCAAGGCCCUUGCAGAAAAGGCUCAGGCAAACUUGGGUUUGGACUAUGCCUGGUUGGAAGAUGUCACCUACGAGGACUGGCAGCGCUAUCACGACUUGAUGAGAGGUCCGUCUUUGUUCUCUAUAAUCCACCCUCGUGCUCACCAAAAAAAAACCAAAAACUCAGUCUACAACGACUUUGAUACACAGAUCCGCCAAAUCCAGAAUAACACCCAUGUCAGGCCUCUCGGCGACACCGUCCUCAUCGCCCUCGAGGCAAAGCAGCAUGAUAUGCAGGAUGCCAUCACCCGUUUCGUCUCCCGCGUAGCUAGGGUCCGCGACGACAUGAAGCCCGAUCUCGACGCGUUGUUGAUGGGCAAGUCCAAGGAGCAGGUCGAGCAGGCGUUUGAGCAGGCACAGCCGAAACUCAAAGUCGGCGCCAAGAAACACAGUAUGCCCGUAGCACCGCAGAUCCCCAAACCGAAAGAUCAAGUCAAGAUCUUGCCUGUCGGUGAGCCUCUGGUAGGUGAGAUGACAGAGGAGGAGGUCAGAGAAGCCACCAGAGAAUUGUAG